GCCCUGAAAGCUACAUGGAAUGAUAUAGAUAAAGUUAAUGCCGUAGGAAGAAAGGAAAGGAGACUAGCAGUACUCAAACAGGCUCUAUAUAUUUUAGAGUGCAGAGAGAAGAAGAGAGAGCAAAAGACCAAACAUAAGUCCAAAAAGACACCAACACAGCAUAAAGGAAAGCUCUAUUGGAGGUAAAGGAUAAAAGGGAUCAUUAACAUACCCUUGUGGCACAAGUAGAAACCUACCAAGUGAAAGAGAUUUGAUAGAGAGAGAGGCAGGGAGAGAAUUUUAAAGCUUCAAAACCUUGGCCUUUUCUUUCACCACCUCCACAACAGAAGGAAACGAAGAAAGUAACUGAUUGAUCCUCAACAUGUGAUAGAAUUACAAGACAGAACUAGAAGAGAGUCAUUUUGUAUCAAAGGGAUUAAGGUUUGUGUCUUUUUAUAGUUUUAUUAGUUCCCUCUUGCUCUUUCUCCUUGUCAAUGUCCAUUUCCUUUUUAUUCCUAGUGCAGAUGAAAAAAAAUAUGAAAUAUUCUUCUCGAUACCCUUUUACCUUUCAGCUCUAGCUCCCUUCUUUAUUAGACAAAGCAGAAAAUACCCUAACCUUUCUGACGUUUGAACCCUUAAAUCUUCCUCUCUUUUCACUCCUUCACAUAUAAAGCUUUGGAGUUUUGAUUACACAUCCAGAGUUCUCUCAGAACUAAACACAUCAUAGAUGGAGAUGAAAAAGGAAUUAGAUGAUCAAGGACAGUGUUCCUCUCAACCAAUCAACAACAAUAACAAUAACAACAGCAUUCAAAGCUACCAAGAGCAACUUCUCCUUCAACAACAGAUGCAUCAGCAGCAACAAAACAGUGACAACAUCUUCGGGGGUUCAAGAGGUUUAAUGUUCCCUGAAGUUACUCCAAUCAUGCUGCAACCAUGGUCCAUGCCUCCGGUUCACUCAUUCAACCCGGGUCCGGUUCACUACAACAAUAACACCAACCCUGUCCGAGACCAUCAUGACCAAACGUUUAUAGUCCCUCCCACACCUUCACCCUAUUCGAGCUUCUUCAGCAGAAGGGUCCCUUCUCUUCAAUUUGCAUACGAGAGUCCUUCUGAUCACCACCAUCUAAGGAUCAUAUCCGACACCCUCGGACCUAUGGUUCAACCCGGUUCAGCACCUUUUGGACUCCAAGCCGAGUUGGGAAAAAUGACUGCUCAAGAAAUCAUGGAGGCUAAGGCUCUUGCUGCAUCAAAGAGUCACAGUGAAGCAGAAAGAAGACGUAGAGAGAGAAUCAACAACCAUCUUGCCAAGCUUCGGAGUUUAUUGCCCAACACUACCAAAACAGAUAAAGCUUCGUUGCUAGCGGAAGUGAUUGAGCACGUGAAGGAACUGAAGCGCGAAACCUCUCUGAUAGCAGAAAGCAGUGCAGUGCCAACGGAGGCAGACGAGUUGACAGUGGAUGCAGCAGACGAAGAUGGAAAGUUUGUGAUCAAAGCCUCACUGUGCUGUGAAGAUAGGUCAGAUCUCUUACCAGACCUCAUAAAAACGUUGAAGGGCUUGAAGCUCAGAACCCUCAAGGCUGAGAUCACAUCGCUUGGUGGGCGUGUGAAGAACGUGUUGGUCAUUACUGGUGACGAAGAAAGUUCAAACAGCAAUGGAGAACAAAGCACGCAGCAGCAACAACAGUACUGUAUUACCUCAAUACAAGAAGCACUCAAGGCAGUGAUGGAGAAGAGUGGUGGUGGAGAUGAAUCAGCUUCUGGGAAUGUUAAGCGCCAACGGACUAAUAAUAUCAAUUUUCUUGAACAAAGGUCUUUGUAAUUGUUCUGAGAGAGACAAAGGGGGUGGAGUUGGUUAGGGAAAGGAACAGAGAAGGAUCUUUUCGUGGGAACAGAAACCUUAUAUUGAAUCCUAACAUGGAAAAUGAUGCAUUGAUUACUCUGUAAGAAGAAAAUGGCAUCUGCAUUAAAUUCAAACAUACACACACUAUGUCUGGUCCAGCAACUGCUAUAGGAGCUGUCGUUGAUUUGUUAUGAAGUAUAUAUGUGAAAUAUGAUUGUUUGUUUGAUUGUCUUCACUCUCUCUGUAUUGAGAAAGAGGUGAUAGUGUACCCUUGCAUGGCAUCAUGACUUUCAAGGAUUGGGGAAGAUUCAUAUAUC